UUUGGCAAAUCACCAUGAUCGCACGCGCGGUAGCGAUUCUCCUCCUAUUGGUGACCUUCUCCGAAGGUGCCAAAAUUCUUGGCGUGCUACCAAUGGUAGCAACAUCUCACUUCAACAUUGGUGCCGGGAUCAUGAAAACGUUGGCAAAUGCCGGACAUGAUGUUACCGUCAUCAGCCCGUUUUCACUUAAGAACCCACCCAAAAACUACCGCGAAAUAUUGUUGACCGGAUUAGUUGAAGAGACCCAAAAAGGUGUUGAGCAGAACUUUUUCAACUUUAGGAAUUCCGGUGGAUUUAUCGCACCGAUUUUCAUGUUAUACAUGAUGUACGAAACGUUCUCUGAAAUGGUUUGCAAAUACGUGCUGAAACACCCGAGUGUAGUCGAUUUGCUCGAAUCAGAUGAGAAGUUUGAUGUGGUGUUCGUUGAGGCAUUUAUCACCGAGUCGCUGUACGGAUUUGCCCAGCAUUUUGAUGCCCCAUUGAUAGCGUACUCAACGUUUGGGAGUUGCAUGUGGACCAACGAUCUGGUGGGAUCUCCGGCACCACCAUCACACGUGGCUCACUUUUUGCUAAGCUACACAGAUAAGAUGACAUUCUGGCAGCGUUUCCACAAUACGGCCAUGACAAUUAUCGAUAGGCUGUACUACGAGCAACGCUAUCUACCCAAUCAGAGGCGGAUGUAUGAAGCAGGAUUUCCCCAUGCCAAACUGACUUUCGAGCAGCAGAUGAAAAACGUGUCUUUAGUGUUUUUGAAUCAACAUUUUAGUUUAAGUAGCCCAAGGCCUUAUCCACCUAAUGUGAUCGAAGCCGGAGGAAUCCAGAUCGAAGAAGGGAAACCUUUGCCGCAGGACCUUCAAAAAUACCUUGACGAGGCUAAAGACGGUGUCGUUUAUUUUUGUAUGGGAUCAAAUAUCAAGUCGAUUCACUUUCCAGAAGAGAAGCGACAAGCAUUUCUGAAAGUUUUCUCAAAGCUCAAACAGCGUGUUUUGUGGAAAUUUGAAGACGAAACCAUACCCAACCAACCGUCUAACUUAAAGAUCCAGGCAUGGAUGCCACAAAAUGACAUUUUGGCUCAUCCAAACGUAAAGCUGUUUAUCACGCACGGCGGUCUUCUCGGAUCGACGGAAGCGCUGUAUCACGGCAAACCCAUGGUUGGAAUUCCGAUCUUCGGGGACCAACCGAUGAACGUCGAAAAAGCCGUUCGCUCUGGAUAUGCAGUGCGGCUGGACUACGAUGACAUUACCGAGGAGACGGUCGAGAAAGCGAUCACUACGGUGUUAAACAAUCCGGCGUAUGCUAAGAAUGCAAAAUUAGUGUCCGAACGAUUCCGCGAUAAGCCGUUGUCUCCGAAAGAGGCGGCCGUAUUCUGGACCGAAUACGUAAUCCGACAUCGAGGAGCUCCGCAUUUGCGAUCGGCGGCAAUGGAUCUCUCGCUGUUCGAGUACCAGCUUUUGGAUGUUUAUGCUGUGAUGUUUGUAAUUUUGUUGGCAGUAGCUGCCAUCAAUAUUUACGUUGUGAAAAGACUGAUACAAAAGGUGUGUAAGCAGAAGUCUUCGGUUGACAAGAAAAUGAAACAAUCAUAAAUGAAGCUAUUGAUUUUACAAUAAUAUUGUAGGAAACUCGUCAUAUAGAAUAAUUCCAGUUCAGGUGCACUUAUUCUAGUAUUCAAGAUAUUUUUGCAACAACAAAAAAGAAUUGAUUCAAAAACGGAUUUCAUCAAAUCGAAAUGGAUGAAUCAUCGCGGAAAUAUCUUCAACUUGCUAUCGAUAACAGAUCACGUUGUCGAGAACUGAUGUAAAAAUUUGAUAAAUACCAUUGUCAAUAAAAAUGCAUGUCAUUUUGUUACAGCAUGUGUGCUAUUACAUAUUUAUUACUUUAGAAGUACAGUACUAGUCAGAGCGGCAGUGAAACACACAACUAGAUAUUUUAGAUGAUUGUAACAAAUCGAAAAUAAUGAUAAAUUUAACAAUGAUUAAUAAGGUUAUAUAUUAUUUUUGACAAAAGAACAAUGUUUCCUUAAUUUUCAUUUCAUAUUCUUUCCUUUCUUUUCUUUUUUGCAUCUUGAACAAUCGCCCCUUAUAAAAUAUUUCCCAUUUUGAUAGAAGAAAAGCCAAACAACUACUUUCAACGUUGAAAUAAAUCUAAAUUCGAGUAACUUUUAGUAGACUAUCAAACUGCCCAAGUCCACUAAUUUAUCACAAAUUGUAAUAACCCACCUACAUUUUCACUUAUUUGUUUUACAAUGUACCGACACUUCCGUCAAACUUUGAAAAGUUGUACAUUUCAGUGACGUUCUGAGGAUUACGAUUUUUAUUCUCGUCAGGAAACAAAGUUUAUAUAUUCGUGUGGAAGCCCACAAAUACCAAUGACCUUGUUCAAUGACCAAAUAUCACAGGCAGAUUUAUAAAACGAAUUAUCUGAUGCAGUUAAUGAAGAUAAGAAUGUCACUCUAAUAGCACACCCAUUUAAGGCUUAUACCAUGAGUGAGUAAGGUUUCUGUCAUGAAAUAUUCAUCUGUUGUGAACCGACUACUCACUUUUUCAUUCCGUAUUAAUCGGUGAAAUGCUUACCUGAAAAAAAAAAUGAAAUAUAAAUUAGUAUGCUAAAGACAUGAUCGGUAAAUGAAUUUAUAAGUUUCCUUUUUGCAUUUAUGUUCAGAUUAACAAAGUAUGUGUAAGAUAACAUGACAAAACAUUAUGAAAAUACAUAUAUUAUUUAAAAGA